UGGACAACAACGGAUAUGAGAGCGACGCGUCUAAUAUAAUCUCCUCGUUUACCUUUUUGACUAGAGCGCGUGACACUGGAGGAGCGCACGAGUAAUUGCGCAUUUCACCGUUACGCACCGCUGUUUGUGCCAAUCCACCGUAGCGAGAAUGACUGAGACACAAACAAUCAACCACCACGCGCCGCCACCGAAGCAGCACCAAAACGGCCACCCCACGGCACCGGUGGAUGAUGUUUUUGACGCAACGUACAAAGAAAAAGAGGGACGUAGACCGCGAAUGCAGCUGGUGUGGAGAAAUAUCGUUCUAAUGGCGUUAUUGCAUAUCGGUGCGCUCUACGGUUUCACGCUCAUUCCUUACGCCAAGACGUGGACGCUUGUUUGGACUGCUCUGUGCUACGUCUUCAGUGGUCUCGGGGUGACUGCUGGCGCCCACAGACUGUGGAGUCACAGAUCCUACAAGGCCUCCUUUCCACUCAGAGUCUUCCUCGCUCUCGGCAACUCCAUGGCUUUCCAGAAUGACAUCUACGAGUGGGCCAGAGACCACCGCGUGCACCAUAAGUACUCGGAGACUGAUGCGGACCCCCAUAAUGCAACACGGGGCUUCUUCUUCUCCCAUGUGGGCUGGCUGCUGGUGCGCAAACAUCCAGAUGUCAAAGAGAAGGGGCAGAAGCUGGACAUGUCUGACCUGGAGGAGGACCAAGUGGUGAUGUUUCAGAGAAGACACAGCCUCCUGUCUUUGGUGGUCAUGUGCUUUGUUCUGCCCACUCUGGUGCCAUGGUGGGGCUGGGGCGAGUCUCUGGAGGUGGCGUAUUUCCUUCCUGGACUCUUCCGAUACGCACUGCAGCUGAAUGCCACCUGGCUGGUGAACAGUGCCGCUCACAUGUGGGGCAACCGGCCUUAUGAUGUCACCAUCAACCCUCGAGAGAACCAUAUGGUGGCAUUUAGCGCUAUGGGUGAAGGCUUCCACAACUACCACCACACUUUUCCUUUCGACUAUGGCACCAGUGAGUUUGGCUGGAGGCUCAACCCCACCACAGCGUUCAUAGACCUCAUGUGCUUCCUGGGUUUCGCUUCGGAUCGCAAAAAAGUCUCCAAAGAGAUGAUCCUAGCCCGUAAACAACGGACAGGCAGCGGAAGCAACAACAGUGACUAAGUUCUUUCUAUUUAAAGGUCCUAUAUUACACAACAUGGACUCUUGUGAGAUUUAAGCCAUGUUAUAAUGUUGUCAACAAAAACAUACCUGGAGUUGUGUUUUGUUUCAUUCACACAUGUUUGAGUAAUUCCUUAUUGUUAGGCUGUUUACAUCUCCAAAGCUCAAAAUGCUCUGUUCCAUCUUGUGAUGUCAUGAAGUGGUAGUUUUCAAGUUAACAGCUCCUUUUACCUUUAGUUCAAUACAGAGAGGCAAUUCCGGUUCAGAAUCAUUCAAGUGCUUCUAGUGAAAAAAAAUACAGUGGGGCACUUCCUACCAUAUGACAUCACAAGGUGGUACAGUGUUUUCUGCUCAAGAGAAGAACUCAGCAUAAAUAGGCUGAGUUAAUGUGUUAAACAUGUGUGAAUGAAACAAAACACAACUUCAGGUAUGUUUUUGAUGAUGCGACAACAUUAUAACAUAGAUCAGAAAAUAACGUAAUAUGGGCCCUUUAAACUGACAAAGUCAGUGCUACUGCCAGGAUUGGAGUGACUAUUAUAAUAUUUUGUGACAAAUUAAUGUUUUUGGUGUGCGUUUUGAAUGCUUUAUUUAAAGCUGCAUUGUGUAACUUUCGGGUAAAGGGUCCAACACCUGCUUGUCUCGAUGGAGAUAUUACUUUGUCUGAAAUGUUUCACUAUGUGGCAUUACACUUAUCCAUCUUCCUUCAGUCAUUCAUUUAUGUUUUAAAAAAAAUAGCUCUAAGAACUUGCACACCUACAGUCAGCAGGCCAUCUUCUACACAGAUCUGACCGGUAUCUUGGUCAGGUGGAAUCUCCUGCUUGUUUCUAUGGAGAUAGUUAAGUUUAAUAUGAUAUGGUGAAACAUUCCAAGCAAAGCAAUUACAUCACCGUAGAGACCCUCCACCAGAAAAGUUACAUAGUGCACCUUUAAGGCACUGUACCUGAUUUUUACUGUCAUAACAUGUAAAACAGAACUAGUUCUGUUUAAACGGUUUGCAGUGCUCCAAAGUUAUUCCUCACUUACCUUUUGCAUUCUGAGCAUCCUAAUUAUUCACUAUGAUGAGUUUACUAUGAGGCACUUUUAACAACUUUUAGAGACCAGAGCGGAGUUUUGCCAUGACCGUAACAACUACUAGCAUUCUAAUGCACACUUCCUAAUUAUCUGACAGUAAAGAGAUUUCUAAAGAGACCUCAACAGCUGUAUAUAAUAUGUCAGUACUGGGGCGAGACAGAUCGUGCUUGAAUACAUGGGAAAAAUCAGGCACAGGGCCUUUAAUGACUUGUUUAAAGGGAGGCAAUGUAGAACUUUGAUUUCAAAUUUCAUAAACAUGUAAACUGGUAAAUGAGUUAAAAUCAAAUAUAUUACUUUUACUGAUAAUACUUGACAUGUUGAUUUGUUCUUGAUUCAAAAUCUUUGGACAUGGAGGUUGUGUUGUUUUGGAUCUUAAAGGUCCCAUAUUGCAGAAAAUAGAUCCCCUGUGAGAUUUAAGCCAUGUUAUAAUGUUGUUACCUCAUCAAAAAUAUACCCAGAGUUGUGUUUUGUUUCAUUCACACAUAUUUGAGUAAUCCUGUAUUGUUAGUUUCUUUACAUUUCCAAAGCUCAAAAUGCUCUGUUCCACCUUGUGAUGUCAUGAAGUGAUAGUUUUCAAGUGAACAGCUACCUUUUCCCUUCAGUUCAGUAGAGAUUUAUAAUUCCAGUGCUCAAAUUAUCCAAAUGAUUCUAAUGAAGAUAUUUAAAAAGACAGAGGAGCACUUCCUGUGUUAGCAUAUGACAUCACUAGGUGGAAGGUGGGGUGUUUUCUAUGUACGAGAAGAACUCGUGUGAAUGUGAAUGAAAUUCAUGGUUUUGAUGAGGAAGCAACAUUAUAACAUAGAUCAAAAACAGCGUAAUGUGGGCCCUUUAAAAGCUGAUUAUCCAAUAAGAAAGCAGUAUGAGCCACACAUUGCGGCUGCCAGAUCCUACGACUAAAACUAGUUGACCUAAAACUUGUAUUUGUCCUCUACAUACAGGUUAAGGCACUGACAGCCCACGAUCAGUUGUGAUUGUAGUUCCCCUUUUAAUGCAGGCUACAUACCCUACCUUGAACUGAAAAUGCACAGAUGAGACAACUAUUAUUAUAGGUCAAAUCUGUUAAUAUUUUAUUUAUUCAUGUUUUUCAUUUGCAGUCUAUACUCCUGGCACUUUGUUACAUUCUUUAUAAAGAUUUGUGAGAACAGCGUUAUCAGUCUAUAUUUAUUACUACAAAAGAAAGUUUGAAUUGCAUUGUUCAGCUUGCACAGUAACUAUCUGAAGUCAUAAAUCGGAUAUGACAAUUUAUGUGGUGUCUGAACAAACACCAAACCAACACAUCAACCAACACAAAAAUUUAAAUAAUAACACAUCUUAGCUAAACUACUAUGGUCUCGAAAGCCACAUCCAUAUCAGGUGUCCUUCUGAACAGAUCCAUGUAGGCUUGUCAUGAUAAUUACUAUAUCGACUCAGUGAAUGACGAAUGGAAACAUAAUUUUGGAUUAUUUGUCCAAAAUUGUCUUGUCUUACAUUGUUUUGAUAUGAUCCAUGAGGGUUUGUGUCAGGAGUACAGCACUGAUGAAU